GAGCAGUUCCCGGAUUUCCCCUGGCCACCGAGUGGAGCCGUGAGGUUGGGCGAUAAACAGGCUGUGGCUGGGGAGGAGGGGCGGGGGCAUUUGUUCCUCUGGGACUUUUCACGCCCCCUAUUUCGUUAGGUGUGGUUAGGUUCGGACGCGGGGUCCUGGCGGCGGGCUGGAGCCUACUUCUUUGUGAAAGGGGAAAGUAGCUCCCUCGGAGCACUGGUGAAGUUGCGGAGCGGGUGCGAAACGGCGGUUUUCCCCUAUGCCAGCCAAAUGGUGCGGCCCUGAGCUGUUUCAGGACCCAGCCCGACGUGUCUGAGAGAGGCCCCGGAGGGGGCAGGGAGGUGGCCCGCAGAACGCGGGUUCUGUGAAGAGACGUGGAGAAAAUUCGACUCGGAGAAGAGGAAGAGCCCGAUUGAAAGGGAGCGAGGCCGCUGAGGGGGAGGGGGCUGCCAAGAUGGCGUCGGCCUCCUCAGGGCCGUCGUCGGUCGGGUUUUCAUCCGCGGAUCCCGGCGUCCCUUCCUGCGCCUCGUCCUCAGGUUUCAACUUUCUGUGCUGUGGGGUCAGCCGUAAGAGAGCAUCUGGAAUCAAGAGACCCAUGGCAUCUGAGGUGCCAUAUGCCUCUGGCAUGCCCAUGAAGAAAAUAGGCCACCGAGGUGUUGAUUCCUCAGGAGAGACGACAUAUAAAAAGACAACCUCAUCUGCCUUGAAAGGUGCCAUCCAGUUAGGCAUUACUCACACUGUGGGAAGCCUGAGUACCAAACCAGAGCGUGAUGUCCUCAUGCAAGACUUCUAUGUGGUGGAGAGUAUCUUCUUUCCCAGUGAAGGGAGCAACUUGACUCCUGCUCAUCACUACAAUGACUUUCGCUUCAAAACCUAUGCACCUGUUGCCUUCCGUUACUUUCGGGAGUUAUUUGGUAUCCGGCCUGAUGAUUACUUGUACUCCCUCUGCAGUGAGCCACUGAUUGAACUCUGCAGCUCUGGGGCCAGUGGUUCCCUCUUCUAUGUGUCCAGUGACGAUGAAUUCAUCAUUAAAACGGUCCAGCAUAAAGAGGCGGAGUUUCUGCAGAAGCUGCUUCCAGGAUACUACAUGAACCUCAACCAGAACCCUCGCACUUUGCUGCCUAAAUUCUAUGGACUGUACUGUGUGCAGGCAGGUGGAAAGAACAUUCGAAUUGUGGUGAUGAACAAUCUCUUACCACGGUCAGUCAAGAUGCACAUCAAAUAUGACCUCAAGGGCUCAACCUACAAACGGCGGGCUUCCCAAAAAGAGCGAGAGAAGCCUCUACCCACCUUUAAAGACCUGGACUUCUUACAAGACAUUCCAGAUGGUCUUUUUUUGGAUGCUGAUAUGUACAAUGCUCUAUGUAAGACCUUACAGCGUGACUGUUUGGUGCUGCAGAGCUUCAAGAUAAUGGACUAUAGCCUCUUGAUGUCAAUCCAUAACAUAGAUCAUGCCCAACGAGAGCCCUUAGGCAAUGAAACACAGUAUUCAGUUGAUACUCGCAGACCAGCCCCCCAAAAGGCUCUCUAUUCCACAGCUAUGGAAUCUAUCCAGGGCGAGGCUCGGCGAGGUGGCACUAUGGAGACUGAUGACCAUAUGGGUGGCAUCCCGGCCCGCAAUAGUAAAGGGGAAAGGCUGCUGCUUUAUAUUGGGAUCAUUGACAUUCUUCAGUCUUACAGGUUUGUUAAGAAGUUGGAGCACUCUUGGAAAGCUCUGGUACAUGAUGGGGACACCGUAUCGGUGCAUCGGCCAGGCUUCUAUGCUGAACGGUUCCAACGCUUCAUGUGCAACACAGUGUUCAAGAAGAUACCCUUUCAAUCCUCUUGGAAAAGCCUGAAGUUGCAGAGUCAGAGUUCACCCAUUGAGCAAAAAAAUUCAGAAGACUUAGAACAAGAUUCUACCAGCUUGGUGAUCCCAAGAUGCCAGCCCUUGCCCCAGCAAUGCUGAGUUUUCUUCUUCGUGGUCAUCACAGAAGAAGCAUAUUGGAGGCUAGGGGGGGCUGUCUCUUUCCUGAAGAAGAUCGUCUUCUCCCUCCCUUUCCUUACAAAUGGGCCUUAGUGCCUCGGACAGUUGAGGACAGCAGCGUCCUCCCCACUUCUGAGUUGAGUGGCAUGAGUUUUCAACUGGCCAGCCUUGGCUUCCACAAAUGAAUUGUUUUCAAGCCCCCAAUUCUUCCUGCUAGAAGCGGGGUUGCUGCACUUGGUGGUUUUCUUCCUCCUCAUCUACCCUUCACCAGGAGCUGGACUCUUAUUUCCUCAGGACAGACUGGCUGGCACCUUAUCUCCACCUUAGCUCUUUCUCUGGAAGAAGACCCUGGUAACUUUUGUAAAGGUUUUGGGGGAGUAAUGGUGUGAAACCAACUCCCAACUUCCUUUUUUUUUUUUUUUUUUUUUUUUUUUCUUAAAAAAAAGGAAAAGAAAGACUAGCGCACAGCACAAAAUUUCAAGCUAGUUUCAGAUCAAAACUCCAGAAGUGUUGGAGAGCUGCCUGUUCAUGGGGUUCCCUCAGAAGAGCCCCCUGGUGUUUGAGAAAUGGAAGUGUGGAACUGCUUUGCCAAGAGCAGCACCUCUUUAACUCCACCUCUCUUGAUGAAUUUCUUAAGCCUUCUGAAGGAAUGGAGAGAGUGGGACAUGGGGUAAUCUUUACCCCUUUGGUUGAAACAGAAGGGCAGUCAUGGGGCUAGAAGAUCAGAGCCCUUCCUAGGCAGGACCUGACUCACUGCGGGGCCAUCACGAUUAUUACUGUUCUGCAAUUUGAAAUAUAUUCUGCUUGUUUUUCUAAAUACGAAGACUUAAUCAAAUGAAUUUGGAUCCUUCUCGAAAGGUUUCUUCCUUGCCCUUCCCACCUUUUCUGACAAAGUUCUGCUGUUCGUGGAGUUCAAGUGGAAAGGGGACACCUGUGUCCAUUUAACAGGCAGUCUAGCUAUGAGGCUAGAGGAUAUUCUCUUAGACUCACGGGGAGCCAGCAGAUUCUUGCCUAGGUGAGGUCAUUGCUGUGCCACAUGCCCUGCCCCUUCUCAUACAGAGAACUCGGAAAUGGGAGCUUUGUAAUCCCUCUGUUCCCGUCUCCAAGAGUUGUGGUUCCCCAUCUGAUCCUCCUACUCCUGCCAGGGGAAGAAGGAGGCCUGGCAUCUCAGGCAGAUUGUUGAAGACUCUCCUGUCCAUCCCACCCGACCUUGAUAGUAGGGUAGCCCAUCCCCCAAGUAACUGUCUAUAUUAGACACCCCCAGCCAGUUUCUGGCUGCCUGUCUUUGCUGCCAUGUUCUUUUUUACAAGAAGGAAAGAAACAAUUCUUGCUAUUUUUUUUCAUAAUUUACUAUUUAUGAUGUAUUUAAGUGUUUUAUUCAGGACACAGUUCUGUAGGGGGUGGGAGGGAAUAUUUGAGGGAGGCUGGGUCUUAGGGAAGAGAAUGGGGAAUCAACAUUUUUAUGAAGUGUCAUUAUUUGCCUCUACUUUGUAUUGUUCAGAAAUCGCAAAUGCAAUAUAAAAGUGAUAAAUCCUUGGUUUUAAUGUAUUAAACUUUCAUCAGUUAUUUAGA